AUUUGUAAAUAUGGCUCGUUUGGCAGAUGUCACCUGGAAGUUUUUGGAAUUCAAACCCAGACUGAAACGUUCAGGUUUGACUUAUUCACGUGCAUGGCUGUUUGUCACUGGUUAACAUAAGUACUGCAUGUCUGCUGUAGACCCUUUUAGAUGAAAGCCGGUCAAUCAUAAACUAUACCAAUUGAAAAUGUCACGCUUCGGAGAUGAAAGCCCAAGUUCUGGUCCUAACCAGGCGAGAUAUGGCUCUGUAUAUGAACCGUUGAAGAGCAUCAACCUUCUUAGACAAGAUGGUGAGACGCUGUGGGAUAAACUGGACAAGUACUAUAGUGCCAUUAAAUCAACUGUGCUGAACUACCAAAGCCCUACUACUGGCCUGUUCCCCAUCAAGACCUUUGCUGAGUGCAAUGAAGCUAAAGUCCGGGAUAACUUGUACUGCGCUGCAAGCUCUUGGGCCCUAGCCCUCGCAUACAGGCGCAUUGAUGAUGACAAGGGAAGGACUCAUGAGCUGGAGCAUUGCGCUAUAAAAUGUAUGAGAGGGAUCCUGUAUUGCUACAUGCGCCAGGCUGAUAAGGUAGAGCAGUUUAAGCAAGAUCCCAGUCCUUCAAAAUGCCUUCAUUCAGUAUUCAACAUACACACAGGAGAUGAAGUUUUGACCUAUGACAUAUACUGUCAUCUUCAGAUUGAUUCAUUGUCUCUCUUCCUGCUGUAUCUUGUGGAGAUGAUCUCUUCUGGAUUACAGAUUAUCUACAAUACAGAUGAGGUUGCGUUCAUUCAGAAUCUUGUGUUCUGUGUGGAAAGAGCUUACCGUGUACCUGACUUUGGGAUGUGGGAGAGAGGCAGUAAAUACAACAACGGAAGCACUGAACUUCAUUCAAGCUCUGUUGGCCUUGCAAAAGCAGCUCUAGAAGCAAUCAAUGGAUUCAACUUGUUUGGAAAUCAGGGCUGCUCGUGGUCUGUCAUUUUUGUUGAUAUCGAUGCUCAUAACAGAAACAGACAGACACUGUGUUCACUACUCCCAAGAGAGUCAAGAUCCCAUAACACUGAUGCUGCUCUGUUACCGUGUAUCAGUUACCCUGCGUUUGCUGUGGACGACGACGCCUUAUAUAAUCAAACCCUGGACAAAAUAGUGCGCAAGCUGAAAGGGAAGUACGGAUUCAAGCGGUUCCUCAGAGAUGGGUACAGAACUGCUCGGGAGGACAAAAACAGGCUGUUCUACAAACCUGCAGAAAUUAAGCUCUUUGAUGGAAUUGAGUGUGAGUUUCCAUUGUUUUACAUCUUCAUGAUAAUUGAUGGUGUUUUCAGAGGAAAUUCUGAACAAGUAAAGGAAUAUCAAAUACUAUUGGAACCAGUGCUUUUUCAAUCAUAUGAAGGCCAUGCUGUUGUACCAAAGUAUUACUACGUGCCGGCGGACUUUGCUGAGGCAGAGCAGAAGAACCACGGGAGCCAGAAGCGAUUUUCCAGCAACAGUGGCCGUGAUGGAAAGCUCUUUCUAUGGGGACAGUCCCUGUACAUCAUAGCUAAAUUGCUGGUUGAUGGUCUGAUAAGCCCCAGAGACAUCGAUCCUGUACGGCGCUAUGUCCCACCGGAGGACCAGCGGAAUGUCAGCAUGAGGUACUCCAAUCAGGGACCUCUUGAAAACGAUGUGGUGAUUCACGUGGCCCUGAUUGCAGAGAGCCAGCGACUGCAAGUUUUCCUGAACACCUAUGGUAUACAGACCCAAACCCCUCAGCAGGUAGAACCUAUACAAAUAUGGCCACAGCAGGAGCUUGUCAAGGCUUAUCGUCACCUGGCAGCAAACCAGAAGCUGGGAUUGUCCGGACGACCAGAGAGACCUGUUGGGUGUAUUGGGACAUCUAAGAUCUAUCGAAUCCUAGGAAAGACUGUGGUUUGCUACCCAAUCGUCUUUGAUUUAAGUGACUUCUACAUGUCCCAGGAUGUCAUGUUGCUGAUUGACGAUAUCAAGAAUGCAUUGCAGUUUAUCAAGCAGUAUUGGAAAAUGCAUGGGCGCCCUCUGUUCCUUGUGCUUAUUCGAGAAGACAAUAUAAGGGGCAGUCGAUUCAAUCCAGUCUUGGACAUGCUGGCUUCUUUCAAGCAAGGAAAUGUGGGGGGAGUCAAGGUUCAUGUGGACAGGCUGCAGACUUUGAUAUCUGGAGCAGUGGUGGAGCAGUUAGACUUUCUACGAGUUCACGAAUCAGAAGAACUACCACAGUUUAAGAGUUUUGAAGAGCUGGAACUACCCAAGCACUCAAAGGUAAAGCGACAGACCAGCACCCCCAAUGCAUCUGACCUGGAGCAGCAGCCUGAGAUCAAUAUCAAUGACUGGAAGCAAACAUCCACGUUUGAGAUCCUUCAAAAACUUGAUGACUGCAGCUGCCUCGCAAGCCAAGCUCUCCUUGCCAAUUUACUAUUGAAAAGGGAAGGCCCUGAUUUCUAUACUAAAGAAGGCACUGUCAUGGAUCUGCUGGAGAGAAUUUACAGAAGAGCUGGAACCAGAAAACUUUGGUCUGUUGUACGACUAGCUGCCAGUCUGUUAGGUAAACUAGUGGACAGCCUUGCACCGUCUAUUACUAAUGUUUUAGUGCAGGGUAAGCAGGUUACUUUAGGUGUUUUCAGUCAUGAAGAGGAGGUGAUUUGUAAUCCUCUGUCUCCUGGAGUCAUCAAGGACAUUAUCUAUAGCAAGUGUAACCCCUACUGUGAGCGAGAAGCGGUUGUUCAGCAAGAGCUUGUCAUUCACAUCGGCUGGAUCAUCUCCAACUCCCCGGAACUCUUCAGUGGCAUGUUGAAAAUACGAGUUGGAUGGAUCAUCCAUGCCAUGAAACAUGAACUGAAAAUCCGUGCAGGAGACAUGCCAGCCCAGGACUUAUACCAGCUGUCACCUAGUGAAAUCAAACAGCUUCUCCUGGAUGUUCUGCAGCCUCAGCAUCAAGGAAGGUGCUGGUUGAAUAGGCGGCAAAUUGAUGGCUCCCUCAACCGAACUCCUCUGGGAUUCUAUGACAGACUGUGGCAGAUUUUGGAGAGGACUCCAAAUGGCAUUAUGGUUGCUGGCACACAUCUUCCACAGCAACCCACUUUGUCAGACAUGACCAUGUAUGAGAUGAACUUUUCUCUGCUGGUGGAAGAUAUGCUGAAGAAUAUUGUUCAGCCAGAGUACAGACAAAUUAUUGUUGAGCUGUUGAUGGUUGUGUCCAUUGUCCUGGAAAGGAACCCUGAGUUGGAAUUUCAGGACAAAGUGGAUUUGGAUAAACUAGUGAAGGAGGCUUUUAAUGAUUUCCAGAGAGACAGAAGCAAGCUGGAGGGAAUGGAAAAAAAGGACGAAAUGACCGCUUUUUACAACACCCCUCCACUGGGCAAAAGAGGAACUUCAAGCUACUUGACCAAGUCUGUGAUGAUCGCUUUACUGGAGGGGGAAGUGAAGCCCAGCAACGAUGACCCCUGCACAGUCAGCUGAACUUGAGCCGAUGAAUGGUGCAAAGUGUGUGAGAUAGUUUGAGUUAAAUUGCAAUAUUGAGUAUGCUGUAUUUUGCAUUAUUGCAUGAAUAGAACUUUUGAAUAUUUUCAACCACCAGUGUGCAAAAUUAUUUUCAAAAGGAAGUGCAACCUUGAGCACAUGUUUAAUGGUUAAAGAGCAUAUAUAAUCUCUUUUAAAAUAUACAACAUGGUAUCAGUAAAUGUGUUCUGUUGAGAGCAUGUGCAUGCACCUUUCACUAUGUUUUGUGGAUUCUGAUGUUUUUCUGUAAGCAGGGUAGCCAAAUAAAUUCCUUACAAAAUCUU